UUCUGUUUUUCGCCUGUUGAGGUGGAACAAGAGCGGCUGCUGUAGCGAGUAGAAAGCCACUGAAUGAGCAGCAGGGUUUUUACACACUUUUACCUCCGUCAGUACGGUUGAAUGAUGAGGAAGGAGCCUAUAUCCCUAAAGUGAAGUAUGGCACUGAGUAGCAGUCAAGCUCCUAUAUUGGUGGAAGACUCCAGCUUGGAGGGCUGGAAGGUGAUUGGCUCCGGGGGUUUUGGACAAAUCUACAAAGCCAGGCAUCGUCAGUGGGGCUGCGAUGUGGCCAUUAAACUGCUUCAUUAUGAUGACGGGACCAGUGCGUCUUUGCUGCGUGAGCUCGACAUGAUGCGCAGAGGAAGCAGCCCGUAUGCUAUUCAGGUCCGAGGGGUCUUCAGGGGUCGAGUUCCCUCCUCUGGCUUGUCAACACAGCUCGGUCUGGUCAUGGAGUUAAUGGAAAGAGGAUCACUGGCCUCCCUACAGGAAACCUUAUAUGGAGCACCACCCUGGCCAUUGGUCUUCAGACUGGCACACCAAGUGGCUCUGGGCUUAAACUUCCUCCACAGUCUGUCCCCUCCCAUGCUCCACCUGGACCUGAAGCCCAGCAACGUGCUGCUGGAUUUCUAUCUCAAUGCCAAGCUUACAGAUUUUGGCCUUGCCCGGUAUUACCGCAGCGUCACGCGGGUUUCCAAGAAGGACAGUGGAGAGGAAGGGGGGACGAUCAGCUACAUGCCACCAGAGGCGUUCCAAGUCUCAUAUAGUCCAACCUUAGCUUCUGACAUCUACAGUUAUGGUAUACUCUUAUGGUCCAUUGUCACAGGGAAACAACCAUAUGCACAUGCAAAGUCCAGCUUAGUGCGGCUUCGCAUCCCAGAGGGAGACCGUCCAUUGUUGGACGAGAUCAGGGUCCAGGCUGCGGGGCGUGCAGGGUUGACAGGACUGAUUGAGCUCAUGGAGAGAUGCUGGGACACCAGACCGAAACAAAGGCCCUCCUCCCUUGAGUGUACAACCGAGACAGAAGAACUGUAUAAGAUACACAAACAUGCAAUCAAUGAUGCUGUCCAUCAAGUGCUGAAGAAACUGGACCAAAGGGAAGAAGAAACAAUGAUUGAGCAGAUUGGGAGGGUUCAUAUCACUCAGGCUUCAGCGGGUGAACGUUUUGAAGAAGUGAACAUUUAUGAUAACGCACCCACAGGCGGCCCACCAAUUCAGGAAAUGGCUGGUGGUUGCACUGCAAAUCAAACAGACAAUGCAAGAGUUAAAGAUCCGCCUUCAUUUGGACCUGCAAGCGUGUGUUAUAAGUCCUCUGUUUGUCCCAUUGGAUCGCCAUCGCCCUCUCCUUCGACUGAGAGGUCAAGUGAAAGCAGCACAGCGAAACCUUCCCAGCAGUCUUUCAGACCACAUCUGUCUUCACAGUACCACCGUCAGUUUUCCAGCCCCGACACUUUCCAAAUUCACCUCUGCAACGUAACCGGAUUUCAGCAUGGCAACAACAACAUCAUGCACAUCCAAGUUAUGGACCCCUCAGACAGGAAACGGCACCCGACAGCACCAUCUAGGGUCGACCUCCCGCCGCCACAUCCAGGAAGCUGGAAGGACAAGACAGGAGGGGUCGGCUGAGUUCACAUGGGAGCUUUACUGCACUUAAAUUUACUGCAUUACUGCAUUUAAAUUUGCUUUUCAAAUCUGGAUAGGAUUAAGAUGUGGUUUUAGUAGAUUGCAUGCUUUCAAAAGGGUUUUGGUAAAAAGGUUUUUUUAAACAUAUUUAUUUAGCUUCUUUUGUUAGAAUAUGAUAAACCAAUGAGCAAACCACCUCACAGCUCUCUUUUGCUGUGUCAGCAGUAUAAAUGUUGGCCAAGUCAUAUGGUCAUAUGGUUUUGCUUUUCCACCAACUGUGGACAACAGAUAUCCACAGCACAGUGCCAGCUAACGAUCAGGUGCCAAAAAUUGCCAUAAAGUCUUUAUGAACUAUUGAUCAUCUGUAUAUAUAGAUAUUUUUACAAAUAUUAUAUAUUUUGUACUUAAUGCAUUGGUUUUGUCUUUCAUAUUUAUAUUUUAUAUGUGUCCUUUUGUGGGUAUAUUUUUACAAACUUAUGAAAAUGUUCCAACUCAAACAACUUCAUUAACCAUUUCAUAUACGUUUUUUUUUUUAUUUUGAUUGAAUUGAUUGACAAAAAAAGCAAACAUGAAGUUGAAUUUUAACAGAAGUGUGUACAUAAUUUCACCCAGAAUUUUGCAGUUGAUGUAUCAGUGCUUCCAAUAAAAAAAUGGCAUCUUGAA